AUGAGUCACAAAAAUUUACAUGAUUAUGACUCCAGUUCCACGCCAUCGAAUUCAGUUGUUGAUUCACCGCAUAAUAGUGAUUUGGAACCAGAAGUAGAAAAUCCUGAAAACAAUGACAAUGUCUCAGAUGAAAAUCAAAUUGAUGCUAAUAACGACGGCCAAAUUCUCGCUGACUCAUCUCCUAUUGAAAAACCUACUGAUAUUUCAUCUAUUAUAACAGGUUGUCGAAUAGUUGAUAUCGGCUAUUUCAUAAAGGAGUUCACUUAG